AUGCAUACUGUCAAUGGGCAGAGGAAAGUGUGUUGUAGGGCCUGAGGCAUCUCUCUCUCUCUCUCUCUCUCUCUCUCUCUCUCUCUCUCUCUCUCUCUCUCUCUCUCUCUCUCCCUCCUAACAGGAAAAAGACCCAGAUGUGAGGAUGGAUGAGGGAUACGAACUUGACCUAACCUACGUGACUGAGCGCAUCAUCGCCGUGUCCUUCCCCCGGACAUGCUCAGAAGAGAUCUACCUCCACAACCUGAAGGAUGUCACAAGGAUGCUCAAGUCCAAGCAUGCUGAUAACUACUUGGUCAGUUAGCACUACUCUCAUCCAUGUGUCUCACACCAUUCUUCAUCUCACUUGUAGUGCAUAGACUAUUGAGAUACCUAGUCCUUUCUGUCCUAUCUGACAUCUUGUGGCUGACAUCAGAUUUCUAUUAGAGUGAGAUCAUUAAAGUUUAUCUUUGAUUUGGUCAAGUUUAAAGUGUGACUGUUAUUCACCCUGUGUCAUUGUCUCACUGACAUAUUUUGUGGUUUCUAGAGAAGUGAUGAUGACAGGACUAUAGCCUACUUUAACCUCAGCACGACCAUUUAGUGUGAAGCCUUCUUUAGUUCAUAUGGGAAAGAGGAAGUGAAAACGGUUGAAAUAGUUACAUUUUAAGAUAGUUAUAAAAGGCAUAUAAUUGAAUUGCAACAUAAAAGUAUGUAUUCAUGCGUACAUGUCUUUUUCCUUUCUAGAUUAUCAACCUGUCGGAGAAGAGACAUGAUCUCUCUAAAAUGAACACUAAGGUAAAGCAACCAUACUGUCUUUUUCAGAAUGUGCAACAUAAACAAAACAUAGGGCAAGACACGAGGUGCCGAAGAGAUACAGGUAUCAACAAGCUGCAGAAUGACUCGGCUGUAUUUGCCAUAGCUAAAUCAAUGAAUAUCAGUGACAACAUGGAUCUCAACCGUAUCUGCUUGAACAACUGUAUCACUAGAUAACCCUUUGAUUUAGAAAGGCUGUCUCUAGGAUUUCUGGAGACUCUGCACACGCUAAAUAGAUAGUAUAGGUUGUAUAGAGAUUGUGUAGAUGAGAAAUAUCUAUAACAAAGUGUAUGUGUGUGUGUGUGUGUGUGUGAUUUACCUUGUGCUUGCAGACUCUGGACACCGGCUGGCCUGACCUGCAUGCCCCUCCUCUGGAUAAGAUCUGUACCAUCUGUAAGGCCAUGGAAGGCUGGCUCAAUGCUGACCCUCUACACGUGGUGGUCAUACACUGCAGGGUGAGCACCAUCAUCAUUACUCUGUUAUCACCCUCUCAUCAUCUCUCAGUUCUCGUCUUCUGGCCAAAGAUCACUUGUUUCACCUUAUUAUAUAAAGUCACUGUCCAGUAAAAAAAAUCUCACUUACAUUUUUUAUUUAUUCUGUUAACUCAUACCCAAAUAAUGUUGUUGACUCAUCUUCUACUUGUAUUUUUGGCCAAAGCAUACAUUUGAGAAAAUAACACCUCAAAAACUCCACCUCAAUCUUAUCUCAAACAGACCAUUUAAAAAAAGUAUUUAUAUUUACUCAUAGAGGAUGAUGUCAUCCUCCUGAGAAGGAUGAGCUGGCCAGUCAGCGGUGUACUCGCAUGAAUAUUUUUAAUGACCGGUAUACGCCCACACCAUUCUGUAGUUGGGGUAUGCCCACACCAUUCCAACACAGAGAACAUUCAGCCGGAGGUACUUCCGGUUGGCGGGUGGGGUCAUGGUAAUUGUUCCAGGAGCUGAAAAAAUAAGUGUUGUUUAUUUGUUUAUUUAUAAUUCAAUAACACUACCUGUUACUGUUGCAAUUGAUUACACCUAAGCAUUGGCACACAAAGAUGAAUUAUUUUGACAUCUUGUCUCUGUCUUGUAUUUCAGGGUGGGAAAAGCAGAAUUGGAGUGGUCAUCUCAUCGUUUGUGCAUUUCACCGACAUAUCUGCCAGGUAG